UGGUCAUUUCGGCUUCCGUAGCACAGUGACGCAAAAUGCGGAAACGUUUGGGGCGUGUCUCCCUGUAAAUAGAGAAGCCGAUGCUUCGAGCUGAGCUCAACCUGUCACCAAGAGACCGCUGAUCACCGCAGAACUUCACGAGCUGUCUCAGUCUGUUACGACACAAUGGCAUCACUCAGCCCCCUCUCCAGCGCCAACACUGCGUUCUGCCUGGCUUUGUUCGAGAAGCUGGGUGGCAACGACAACACCGCCAACAUCUUCUUCUCCCCCUUUAGCAUCUCCUCAGCUCUGGCUAUGGUGAUGCUGGGGGCCGGAGGAAACACGGCCACCCAGAUGUCAGAGGUCCUCUGCUUCAAAAAGACAGAAAAGGGGCCACAUGCAGGAGAUCAGCAUCAGCAUCAGCAUCAGCAGGUCCAGAUGCAUCAGCAGGUCCAGAGCAGGAAGCCACAUUCUUUACCCAAGUGCCUGAAAACCAAAGACUGUCACGAUGAGGUCCACACUUCUUUUGCCCAAUUGCUGAGUGAGCUUAACAGGGCAGGUGCUCCCUAUUCCCUCAGCGUUGCCAACAGGCUCUACGGAGAGAAGUCGUACCAGUUUGUUCAGGAUUUCUUGGCAAAAACUAAAAAGUGCUACAGCGCAGAGCUGGAGGCUGUUGACUUCAAGUCGAACUAUGAGGCGGCACGACUUAACAUCAACAGCUGGGUGGAGAAGAAUACACAAGGUAAAAUUAAGGAUCUGCUGGGCAACGGUGUGUUGGAUUCACUGACCAGACUGGUGCUGGUCAAUGCCAUCUACUUCAAAGGCAACUGGAACAAGAAGUUUCAGGAAAACGCCACAACGGAUGUUGAUUUUAAACUCAACAAGAAUGACACUACCACUGUGAAGAUGAUGCACCAGAAGUCUAAGUUCCGCCUGACUUACAUCCCUGAAGUCAGCUGCCAGAUCCUGGAGUUGCCUUACAAAGGGGAGGAUCUCAGCAUGCUCAUCUUUCUACCCAACAGCAUAGAGGACAGUUCAACUGGUCUGGAGAAGCUGCAGAAGGAGCUGACCUUAGAAAACUUCAUAGAAUGGACUCGUCCAGACAUGAUGAAUGAAGUUGAGGUCAAGGUCGGGCUGCCCCGCUUCAAGCUGGAGGAGAAGUAUGACAUGAAGAAUGUCCUGGUCAGCAUGGGCAUGGUGGAAGCCUUCGACCCAAGACUGUGUGAUUUCUCAGGCAUGUCUCCAGCAAACGACCUGGUGCUGUCAAAGGUGGUCCACAAGGCUUUCGUGGAGGUGAACGAGGAGGGGACAGAGGCUGCUGCUGCCACUGCUGCCAUCAUGAUGCUGCGCUGUGCUAUGCCUACACCUCCCUUCAUCGCAGACCACCCCUUCCUUUUCUUCAUCCGACACAACCCCACCAUGAGCAUCCUCUUUGCCGGUCGAUACUGCUCCCCUCAGUGAGCUCCGAGUUUCCUACAGCUGUAGUUGAUCACACCAUGAAUUCCCGUCCCUUAUUUUUUAACAGCAGAUCCCCAUUGUGGUGCUUGAUAUUCUAUGGCUUCACUUCUUACAUGAGUAACUGUGUGUUUAUCCUGUGCCUUCCUGAACACUGGGGCUUUGUACUGUUGACUUUUGUGCCUUAUCUAUAGGAUGUGCUUUAUGUCAGUACUACAUAUGUAGCCCUGUUUGCUGCACCCAUACACUUUAACCUGGUUUAUCUUAUCUUGCACCUAUAAACACUUAUAACACAAAGAAUUUCAUCACAUUUUUCAAACUUCAGAUACAGUAAGUAAAGGCUGAACUAAAUCACACUGUCCUUGGUAAUCUAAAGUGCAAUUAUAUAGAACUGUAUCAUUAUGCAUAUAAUGAAUAUAAGCAAUAAAGAAAGAGAGCUGACAUAA